AAGGCAUAAUAUGUAACUUUCCACAGCUCCUCUGAAAAGUUAAGGGCACCAAACACGACGCUCUAUAAUCCAUGGUCGUAGAGACAGACACCUAAAUAGCCGGUCGGCCUGCUUCAUCCCUAAAGCUAAGGCUUUUUUGGUUAUGGCAGUGUUAACACCUUAACACUUACCAUCAGAAAGACCUCAAUCUCUGAACCCUCUCAAAUUAAAAACAAUAAUAAUAAAAACAAAAGAGACCCCAUUCAGUUGUUUUGGGAUAAACCAGAAAAGAUGAAGGUUAAGAGAAAAGGCAACAUGUUCCCAUUUCUUUCUUCACCAUCACCAUCAUUAUCAUCUUCUUCAUAUAAAGAUCCUGACUCUGUUCUAAAGCUACUUCCAGUUGCCAUUUUAGCCCUAGCCUUAUCACUCCCCAACCAAGACCGUGAAGUUUUAGCCUACUUGAUUGCAAGGUCCAUUAUUGCCACCACUGCAAAUCUCAAUACCACUCAACAUCUCAAGAACAAGUGUAAAACCCCUAAUAAUGGGAAGAACAAGAAUCUCCAAAAGGUCCCUCCUUUUCAAUGUGGCUGCUUUGAUUGUUACACCAGCUUUUGGUAUAGGUGGGAUUCUUCUCCUAAUAGAGUGCUUAUUCACCAGGUCAUUGAAGCUUUUGAAGAGCAUUUGCUGCAAAGUGAAUCGCCAAAGAAACAGAGUAAAGUUAAAAAGAGAGUCAACAAGAUAAGUGUGGCCAGUGUUGCAUCCGAUAUUUCGGUUUUUAAACCUAAGUCGGAACCCCAAAUAUCGGUAGCUGAAGGUGAAUGUAAUGUUGUUAUGGCGCCUGCAGAUGAUAUUGACGGAGGAGAUAUGGAGGGAAGUGAUGUUGUUGGUGAAGAAGGGAAGAUGACAGAGAGUAUAGAUAUGGAGGUGGUGACCGUACAAGUAGAAGCCGUGGUGGCUAACCACAAGGGUUUGGUCAGGAAGGUUUUACCGGACGUGAUAGGUUUAUUGAAUUCCCGUUUGUGGAGUCUUUGGAGUCCGGGCAAUUGAGGAUAUAUUUUUCCUAUAUUUAUUUAUUGUCAAAAUUCUGCAAUUACCAGCUUAAAAAAAAGGCAAGAAACUAUUAAUUGUAGUAUUAGUUUAGUGGGAUAAAUUAAUUUUUGUUGCCCUGUUUUAGGAUU